AUGGAGGAGGAGAUGCAGCCGGCGGAGGAGGGGCCCAGCACCCCCAAAAUCUACAAGCAGCGGGGCCCCUACAGCGUCCUGAAGACCUUCCCUGGGAAGCGGGCGGCGCUGGCCAAGCGCUACGAGAGACCCACCAUGGUGGAGGUGCCCCGCGGGCGCGGAGUGGGGCAGCCCUUCCCUCACGCCGCCGAGUCGCUGCCCUACGCGCCGCACGGCCCCUUCCCUAACGGGCCCGCCCGCCCCGCUGCUGCCCUCGGCGCUGCCCAGGGACACCCCCGCCAGCCGCCGCCUCCGGCCCCGAGCUCUUCGGGCCGCUACGGCCCCUGCCCGGCGGCGGCGGGGGGCGGCGGCGCGGAGCUGAGCGCAGAGAGUCGAAUGAUUCUGGAUGCCUUUGCCCAACAAUGCAGCCGGGUUUUAAGUCUCUUAAAUUGUGGUGGAAAACUACUGGACAACAGUCACUCUCAGUCCAUGAUUUCUUGUAUAAAGCAGGAAAACCCAAAUUAUAGUGAAAGACAAGAGCAAUGUCAGCUUGGGAAAAUGGUCCAUAGUCAGACGUCAGACAUUUUAGACAUAGAGAUGCAGUAUAUGCAAAAGAAACAACAAACCUCAGCCUUUCUGAGAGUUUUUACUGAUUCCCUUCAGAACUACUUGCUUUCUGGAAGCUUCACUUCUCAGAACACCUCGUCAGUAAAUGAUUUUAGCCAUUUGGCAGAUGUGGAUCCACUUUCAACCUCUCCAGUACACACUUUAGGUGGAUGGACAUCUCCAGCAACAUCUGAAUCUCAUGGUCACCCAUCAUCUUCUACACUUCCAGAGGAGGAAGAGGAGGAAGAGGAAGAAGGUUACUGCCCUCGGUGUCAAGAGCUAGAGCAGGAGGUAAUUUCAUUGCAACAAGAAAAUGAGGAACUUCGUAGAAAAUUGGAGAGCAUUCCAGUGCCCUGCCAGACUGUUUUAGAUUACUUGAAGACUGUACUUCAGCAUCACAACCAACUUAUGGUACCACAGCCAACAGACCAUCCAACUGAGGGGAGCAAGCAGUUGCUGAACAACUACCCUGUCUACAUCACUAGUAAACAGUGGGAUGAGGCUGUAAAUUCUUCCAAGAAAGAUGGACGACGGCUCCUUCGCUAUCUCAUCAGAUUUGUUUUCACAACCGAUGAGCUUAAGUACUCAUGCGGCCUUGGAAAAAGGAAAAGGUCAGUGCAGUCAGGAGAGACAGGUCCUGAAAGACGUCCUCUGGAUCCAGUAAAAGUAACAUGUCUCAGAGAGUUCAUUAGGAUGCACUGUACUUCCAACCCGGACUGGUGGAUGCCAUCCGAAGAGCAAAUAAACAAGGUAUUCAGUGAUGCAGUGGGACAUGCUCGUCAGGGGCGUGCGGUGGGGACUUUCCUUCACAAUGGAAACUCAUAUUAUGAAGGGACUGACCAUCCAGCAUCACAGGACGAAGUCUUCAAUAGAGGUAUGCAAGAUGGAUCUGGUGAUUGA